CUCACCCUGCUCCAUGGAUACACAUGAGGUUUAAAAUCUUAUAAGAAUAUCCGAUAAUUAUGUGUUUCUGUCUAAAGGUCCGUCGGUUGCUGCCCAAUAGAGGAAUUGAAUGUCAAGCCCCGAUCAGGUUGACUUGAAGAUGUACUGCUAUCGUCUCCCCUAUCUGAGGCCAUCGCUAUUUGCCUUAGUCGCUUUUUCUGUCGCCUUGUCUUCUACUCUUCAGCCUUCCGCUCCUCUUCUUUUUCCUUUUGCUUGCCUUGAUCUUAGUGGCUGUAUCGCACGCACUCCUAAACAUCGUUCCCUCUGUCAUCGCCACCGCCUCCAUCACAACUCUUGUCUCAUUCCCGACACCCGAUCCACCUGCAUUGCUUGCACCGUCCCCACCAUGCUGGCUUUCAUCAGGGAAUGCGCUUUUGUCACUGUCAUUCGAACAACCACAAAGAGGAGCUUUCUUAGCAAUCAAGUGAGAUUUACUUCGUGAAAGGGGGGAUCAGGCUGAUACCCAAGGCUGCUUUGGGCAGCCAUGACCUGCCUGUCAACAUGAGGGCCAAUGCUGCGGCAAGGUCCAAUGGGAGGAAAGCAUCCGAGGUUCAGGCAAAUCGGACAAACUAGCGUCACUGUUGGUUGGGGCUUCGCGGCAACGACAGUCUCAGAUCCUAUGUUCCGACCAAGUCCGGACCAGUUGGAUUUGCCCGUUACAGCCAACGCAGGGCAGUAGUUUGAC